GAAAGUUUAUCAUUAAUUAUUGGUAUUCUAAUAUUUAUUUGUAUUUGUUUAUUUUUAUUUAUUUUACAUCAAAGAACAACAAAUUCUAAACAAUCUUAUUCAUAUACUAAAAAUUUACGUCACACAUAUUUUAAUUCAUCUAUUAUGAAAUGUAUAACAUUAUGUAAUAAAUUAUGUUAUUCUAUUAAAACAGCACAUCAAAAUGAUUUCGAAGCAAAUAAUAUCAACAAUAAUAUAGAUCAUACAUGCAAUGUUAAUAAAUUAAUCAAUCCAGUAAAUGUUCAUAUCUCUUCUUCAACUAUACUUGAUCCAGAUCAACAAACUAAUAGUUUAACAUAUGAACCAAAUAAAUGUAUUGAAAAUUAUAAAAUAUUUCAUAAUCCUAUUUAUUAUAAUAAUAAUAUUAAUGUUAAUGGAAAAUAUUCACAAUCAUCAAUGACAAUUGAUCAUGAUCCUAUAAAAAAUCUCUUAUUCAAAUCGAAUUCAAAUCUAAACUCGAAGAAUUAUUUUAUACAUAAAACAUCCGAUUCAUCAUUAAGUUGUAGUUAUUUAAAUGAUAUUACAAAUCCAUUUGAUAUUACUGAUAAUAAUUCAAGUAAUUUAAAUAGUUUAUUAGAUAAAGUAUCGCAGCAUAAAAUACAUUUUAAUAAUAAUAAUUCACGUAGAUUAGAAUGUAAAAAUUCACGAACUAAAAUGUUAGCAAUGAAAUAUAAAAAUUAUUUAUAUAGAAUAAAACAAUCAUCUAAAUAUAAUGAAUUACAUUCAAGAUUACAUGGAUUAUCUAAUAUAAAAACAAUUGAAUGUGUUCAACAGCAAGAGAUGGCUUUCUUAAACAGUGAAUCCCCUUGGGUGAAGGCAAAUAAUACAACACACUGUAGUUCAAGCAUUACAGGCCAAAGUAAUCAAUCUAGUUGUUCGAGUAAUGAGGAUGAAAUUUUACUGUCUAUCUGUCCAAAAGCACGUGAUCCAACUAACAUUCUGGCCGAUAUACAUGUUCCAUUGAAUAAAAUUAUCUUCAACAAUGUGGUUCUGCAAGGAACAUUUAGUCAACUGUAUGAAGGAAAACUCUUGGUAUCAUUUCGAAGACAUGGUAUUUGUACAAGUAAAUGGAAGCAAGUAUUAAUCAAAACACUAACUGAAAAAGCCACAGCAGAACAAGUAAGACUUUUUAAAAGUGAUGCAUGUAAAUUUGUUGGGGCAAAACAUUCACAUAUAUCGUCCAUUAUUGCAGCUUCGAGUACGUCAGUUUGUGUAAGUUCCCUAUCUAAUCAACAAAUAAUCAAUCAACCGAUUCUUAUUUAUUCAAACGCCAAAUAUGGAAAUUUAAAAUUGUUCUUGCAAAGGCGAUCAAAUGGGAACAUCAGACCAAAUACGAUACUUACAGCAGCUCAACUUAUCAACAUGGCGUUACAAAUUCUUAGUGCAGCAGAUUAUUUGCACAGUAUAAAUGUGAUUCAUGAAGAUAUUGCAACACGAAAUUGUCUAUUAAAAUGUAGAACACGUGUAGCUCUUAGUGACUCGGCACUCAGUAGAGAUCUAUUUCCUGAAGAUUACCAUUGCUUAGGUGAUAAUACAAAUCGCCCAGUGAAGUGGUUAGCAUUGGAAGCGUUGAUCGAAAGAAAAUAUACUAUGGCAACAGAUGUUUGGUCUGUUGGAAUAACGUUAUGGGAGCUUAUUACUAGAGGUCAACAACCUUAUGCCAGUAUAGAUGCAUUUGAAAUGACAGCUGUACUGCGAACCGGAUACAGACUGAAAAAACCUCAUAACUGUCCAGAUGACUUAUGGAAAAUUAUAUUUGCAUGCUGGAAAACAAAUCCUUCUGCUCGACCAACAAUUCGUCAACUUAUUGCCAAAUUAAAAGCAUUUAAAGUUGCAGUAACCAAUUAUAUUUAAUUCAAAAUAAAUAUUAAAAACAAAAAAAUCUAGAUAAUAUUUUUAUUAAACAAGAGAACAUAAUAAUUCAUAUUAUAUUUAGUAUUUCUAAAUAUAGAUGUAUGUAAGCAUAGUAUUUAUUUGUAUCCAGGUUAAAUCUCUUGUUGGAUAAUAAAUAUUCAAAGUAUUCAUCAAAUGAAAUGAUAUCUAUCAUGUUUUUUGAUGAUUAGAAAUGAUGAUAAAAUUUAUAUACAAACGAUAGUUUUAUAUUAGUAUUAUUGUGGUGUGUGCUACUGAUAUUGACAUAAGUAGUAUAUGAUGUUAGUCGUAAACAGAAGGUCUGGAAGUAAAAAGACAAGAGGAUCGAACAAUAAAGAAUGAAAACAGGAUGCAAUUUGUAUGAAAAUGCAAGAACAAUGAAGUCUGAGUCAUUUUUAGACAAUUGGUGGACAUUUUGCAAAUUAAGCAUUUACUUUAUGAUUGUUAGAUUUUAUUCACAAGUCCUGUAAUUUUGUGUUAAAUACAUUCGUUUGUUCCCACUGAUGUUCUGUUCACUACAGUAUGAUUAUAUAAGUAUCAAUGUAUCAACUAUGUACUGUUUACAAGGGUUUUCCUAAAACAAAAUCGAAUUCCAAU